AUGAAUGCUUGUGCCUUCACAAUCAUAAACAAGGACAAUAUAGGUGUGAACCUUUGCUGCACCUACCUCUCCUUAAGCUCCAAAGAGGGAAUGAUACCGACAACACCAGAAUCAUGGCUGGACGUGGCAAAGCAAUUUGAAAAAACCUGGAAUUUUCCGCAUUGCCUUGGAGCUUUAGAUGGAAAGCAUGUGGUUAUUCAAGGACCAUGCAACACUAGAAGCGAAUUUUUCAACUACAAAUCUACGUUCAGCGUUGUUCUUUUCGCCUUAGUGGAUGCUAAUUAUAAUUUUUUGUACAAGAGACCUACACUGGACAGAAUGUUCGCUUCGACGUCACAAAGAAAUGAUGACGGUUUUCGGGCGUCGUACAAUAUCUCGUUACUUAUAGCAAAAUCCGGAAAACCUCAUACUAUUGGAGAGAAGUUAAUUUUGCCAGCCGUUGAAGAGGUUUUAAAAACUGUUUUACACAAACCUGCAUCUGAUAUCAUUAAAAGAAUACCCUUAAGCAACAAUACUGUUGAAAGACGUAUUGAUGAAAUGAGUUCUGAUAUUGAAAGCUUCUUAUGUAAUUAUUUGCAAACGACCCAUUUCUCUAUACAACUGGACGAGUCAACUUUACCUGAUAAUGCAGCAUUAUUAUUGGCAUAUGUUCAUUUUAUUAUGAAUCAAGAAAUCUACGAAGAACUGCUCUUCGCAAGAACUUUGAUAACCGACAGUAAAGGUGAAUCAAUAGUUCAUGUUUUGAAGGAUUACUUCAUUGAAAAAGCAAUUCCUUUAUCAAAUAUAAUAUCAGUAGCUACAGAUGGAGCACCUGCCAUGGUUGGACGUUAUCGUGGAUUUAUAAGCUAUUUAAAACAAAAUAUGUCAGGGGUGUUAGCAAUACAUUGCGUCAUCCAUCGACAACAUUUAGUUGCUAAAAAUUUGAGUGUUAGAUUGCAUGAAUCAGUUCAUUUAGUUCAUUUAGUCAUUGAUGCAGUAAACCGAAUCCGAAGCAACGCGUUGAAUACACGUUUAUUUGCGCAGUUGUGUGAAGAAAAUGACGAACACUUUCAUCAAUUACUCCUUCACACUGAAGUACGCUGGCUGUCGAAAGGCUUAUGUUUGACAAGAUUGUUUGCACUUUUUGAGGCUAUUUUAGAAUUUCUGGAUACUAAAGAUAAAAUUUUAAAAGAAAAUUUAAUGAAAAGGAAUACAGACAUCGCCUAUUUAACAGAUUUGUUUACAAAAUUUAAUAUGGUUAAUUUGCAAUUACAAGGCGACAGUUUAAAUUUGAUUAAAACAAAGUCCAUCUUAUCAGCGUUUCUUGCCAGAGUUAAACUAAUGAAGCAAAAUAUUGGACAAGGCGAAUUUUCUCAGUUCCCCAAUUUGUCACAGACAAGCUGCCAGGAAGACGACGUUUCAACUUACGUUCAACAUUUAAAUGCCCUCUAUUCAGAUUUUGAAUCUAGGUUUGAGGAUAUUUUGACUAUGGUAAUACCACCGUGGAUAAUUAAUCCAUAUGGUGACAUAGAAGAAACGAAUGUCAUAAUACAAGAGGAACUGACUGAACUAAUGUACAGAGAAAAAUGUCGAGCAGUUAUGAGGCAGAGACGUAGGGAUCUUUCUGUCACUUUCAUCGUAAAGGAUGAGGAUGAAAAUCAGCUUGGCGAACCAUUGAUAUGUGGAGAUCUGCUGCUGCUUCUGCUUCCGAAAAGUUCAAAGAAGUUGCAAUUUUCUCGUCGACAAUGCAAAAAAUCUGAUUAUGCAUACACACCUCCUUUUGCUGGCUAUAAAAAUAAAUUGCGAACUCAAGAACAGCUGAAGUGGGAAGAGGGAAGGGUAGAUUUACCGCGGGACAAAGACGUCCGAUUAUCUAAAGUGGGAUCAAAAGUGAUCAACUUGAUCAACCACCAAUUAUUCGAUGACUCCUUAAAAACUCCUACAUUCUUGGGCACCCAUCCAGGCAGAUCCUCUUCGUCCGGCACGAUGGGCAUCACACCACCGCCGCCUCCACCACCGCCCGCCCCCAUGGCGGCCACUCUCACCCUGCCGAACCCUUCAUGUUCCUCGUCUUCGGGUGGCGGAGGCGGUGGAAGGGGAGGAGACUGA